GAGGCGGAUUCCAAGAUGGCGGCACAGCCGAGGUGCCGCGAGGACCCUUAACUGAGCCGGUGUGAAGCGGCCGCCUCGGAGGCCCUAAGAAGCGAAGGUGGCCCCUGGGACGCGACAAGAAGGCCCCGAAGGCGGCAAUUUGGUUAUAUCAAAGAUGGCUCCGGCCUGUGAGCGGCUGCAGUUUCGCUUCCCUGGUUAUGGUGAUGGGGUGCUGCAUCGCAUGGACCAGUUGCGGGAGCAACGGCGGUUCUGUGACGUGACGGUGCAGGUGAAUGAGCUGCGGGUUCCUGGGCACCGUGUAGUCUUUGCUGCCUGCUCCCCUUUCUUGCGUGACCAGUUCCUGCUCAAUGACUCCCAAGAAGUGUCUGUCUCGCUUUUCCAGAGUCCAGAGAUUGGACGCCAACUUCUGCUGUCUUGCUACACGGGAUGUCUUGAGGUGCCUAUUAAGGAACUGGUCAGCUACCUGACGGCCGCUUCCUUCUUGCAGAUGGGCCACGUGGUGGAGCGUUGUGCCCAGGCAGUUUCCCACUACUUAGUCCCCAAGGCUGAUGCCCUGCUACGGGAGGAACAAGUGGAGGGGAGCUAUCUGCAGCAGAAUGGAGAUGAGGAGGAAGAGGGGAAGCAACCGUCUUCACCCACAGGGGAGGCAGACUCUGAAGAUAGCAAAGUGGAGGGGCCUGAGCUCACCCCGCGCAGCUCCUGUGGCCCCUCCUCUCCCGCAAUCUCACUCUCCCUUAUCAACUCUGCUGUGGAGGUCACCCGCAGCUACCUGCAGGGUUGCUAUGAUGAUGAAACAAGCAGUGAAGGGCUUCCCUUCCUGUCUGCAGCUCCCACGCCUGCUUCCCAGUGGAGGAACUACCCGUUGCAUCGUCAUCGCCACGGCACAGCCGUGGCCUACAGGGACUGGAGAACAGGUGGUGGGAUGGCAGCGUGGAAAGUGCCAGGACUGGAGCGCCCCUACCGGUGUCCACGAUGCAACAGUGUGUUUCAGCAGCUGGGAAACUUUGUGAGCCACGUGCAGGAGCACAAGCUCUUCCUGUGCCUUCGCUGCGGCAAGGUCUUCUCGCAGAAGAGCAACCUGACGCGGCACAUCCGGGUGCACACCGGCUUCAAGCCCUUCCAGUGCCCCAUCUGCCGCAAGUGCUUUACCCAGAAUGCCACUCUGCAGGACCAUCUCAACCUACACAGUGGCAUCAAGCCGCACAAGUGCAACUACUGUGAGAUGCACUUCACCCACAAACCGGGCCUGCGGCGCCACCUCAAGGAGAUGCAUGGCAAGAGCACUGUCCAGAACAGCCACGAAGAGAUUGAAGAGGUCACCAUUGACUUUGAUUGAUGGGGGGGGGGGAGCCACAAACUGAAUAGCAGGUUCUUUUUGUGAAGCCAGUGGGGUGUCUUCAGGCUGAAAUAUCAUCUUUGUAGAGGGGGACUGAACGGACUGGACGGGGGGCAAUCUGUAGACAAGCAGUUAAUGUAGGGAUGGCAUUGGCCAAAUUAUUCCUUUUCUAGUAGUACUUUUCCUAGUAGUAAGGGAAGUGCUGUGAUUAGAGUGAUUCCUCUGGAAGAGUGCGUACUGAACCAUUUCCUGUACAGGAGACAAGAUAUCACAAGGGAGGGGAGGCCACUGACUGACCUGAGGAGACUGUCAGCAGAUGUCUUGGCCUAUACUGGAAGCGGCUUAUUUUACAGAGGUAGCCCUGUCAUGAGGCGAGGUGAAGCAUCUGGCUCGGGUUACGGAUUUGGGGUACUAUUAAGGGAGGCAAAGACACACGGGGCACAGUCCACUGCACGAGUCUCACAUAAAUCAAGGGGAUCUGUGCAGGAAUGCGAUGGUGCUCUUGUGUGACUCCCUUUCAGUUCAACAGGCUUUGUGCAGGAGAACUUCGUGGCAGAUCGGUGUGCAAAGGGCGCACCAUUAAGAUUUCCUACCUCAAGCACUACUACGUUGUUGCUCUGGCUCCAGUGGGGCACUACAGAGACAGCCGUUUGACUCAACUGCUGAAGAACUGAGUCAAACAGACAUGACAAGAGAUGCAAUUCUAGAGGUAAUUGGCAAAUUGAAAUCAAUGCCACUGGGUCCACAUGGCAUACACCAAUGAGUUCUUUAAAUGCGGACUUGCUGAUCUCAUAAUAAAAAUAUGCAACUUGUCACUAAAA